AUGGCUGUGGCGCGAGUCUACACCGCUGGAGUUUUGCUGGCAAUGUUUAAUGAGCAAAAGGUGGCUCAUAUCGUGUGGAACGGAUUAUUGGUCGUCUGCUUCACCAUGGAUGUAUAUGUUACAUCGCGAAGUGAGGUAGAUACUUUCACUUUACAACCACCGAGGUUUGACGUUUUGCUCCCCUUGGUGCCGUUGCCACUUACGCUCUCUGACUUCUUCAACUCGGGAAAAGAGACUGUAUUCGCAAGCGCAACUCGUUUCCACUAA